CUCCUCUCCAGGUUUUCCAUCCUGCUGUCUGACCUCUGGACACUCAGCUGUUCCAGUGGGGGUCCAUACAGACCACAGUCCAUCUUUAUGGUUCCAGGUGCUACUCUCAAACCAACUCUACCUGAAUAAGCAACGUGCUUCUUUUGCGGACACCCGAAAACUACCAGCAUAAACGAACACAGACCUGAUGGAUGCAACAGUUUUACCUCUCAGUCAGACUCUCAUCCUCCUCUGAUCCAAUCCGAGGAUUCUCUUCUGACUUCUACCUCCCACAGGAAAUACGCAAGGAAAGAAAAUAGCAAAAUUUCUUUCCUGGUAUCAGGUCCAUUUCUCCUGCUUUGUUCCACAUCGCUCCCUUUACCUCAGGGAUCUUCUCCCACUGCCUACCUCCUCCACCGGAACAGCCAACCCAGUGACCGGAACAGCCACCUGAAAACGCACCUGUGACCUCCGUUCGCCGCUGCUCACCCGGUGAACCCAGACUGCCUCUCAACCUCCUCACUGCAACUGUGACGACCAUCAAAGACCUUGGACCUCUUCCAACCUGCCAGCUCAGACCCUCUCACUGCCUGAUCCACACUCGCAGCCUCAACCUCGGAUUAGUUUUAACGGAGGGUGUAAAGGAUUACGUUGCCGGAAAGGCAGCUCCAAGCUCACAAUAGCCUCACAUUUCCUGGAUGGCAACAAUAUACCUCAGAAGACACAGCUUCACCUGAAGACACUUAAGGGAACUUCUACGCAAAGCAUUCACUACCCCGGUGCUUUAAUCUACCUUCUACUCAACUCACCUCAGCUUCUGCCAUUUGCCUUAGAGGCGGUUGUAUAGCAACAGUAGCCAAGGAGGCCUCCAGAGAAGUGUAGAGACAAAGACUCAGGAGAACAGCCUGGCAGGAAACUCCACUUUGGCUUCACCUCAUACACCAGCCUCAGUCUAAGCUGAGGAACCCAUCAGCAGUCGCCCCCGAAGGCCUUCAGAUCACUAAACAGACUCCGAAGGUCCCCCCACCUCCAGCUAAAACCUCCAACCCUAAAACUACCGUCCAGACCAGUUCUGUGGAGUCUCAUCAGCGUUUCAACCUCCAGAGCCUGAAAACAAACAAUAAAGAACGUCCCAACACAUCGCAGAGCAGAUCCAAGGACGUCGAGUGAGAAGAAGCGAACAUUAAGAGUGAAGAGAAGAAUGCAAUGCUUUUAUCUCCUUCUUCUGAUGCCCCGCCCACCGUGCUCCGCCUCCCGGUCGGUGGCCGUUGACGUUCUCCGACGGCGCUCAGCUGAAGGGGCUGCCGGCGAAUGCUGAGCAGGCUGGCGGAUUCAGGCUCCGCCUCCUCCUCCUGUGAUUGGCCGCUUGACGGGGACUGAGGCCAAAUGGAACCAAUGUCCAACAAACAGGACAGCAACUCAUCAGAGGGAGAUGAGAAAGGGUGGCCGGAUGUGCCCAAGAGGAAGCGGAAGAACAGCCAGUGUUCAGUGAAGAGCAUGUCUGCUCUUAGCCUCUCUGUUCCAGGGUACAUCCCCAGUUACCUGGAGAAGGAUGAGCCAUGUGUGGUGUGUGGAGACAAGGCCACUGGGUACCACUACCGCUGCAUCACCUGUGAAGGCUGUAAGGGUUUCUUCCGUAGAACCAUCCAGAAGAACCUCCACCCGUCUUACUCCUGUAAAUACGACAGCUGCUGCAUCAUCGACAAAAUCACCCGUAACCAAUGUCAGCUGUGUCGCUUUAAGAAGUGCAUCUCAGUGGGCAUGGCCAUGGACUUGGUGUUGGACGACAACAAGCGAGUGGCCAAGCGUCGUCUGAUCGAGGAGAACCGAGAGAAGAGGAAGAGGGAGGAGAUGGUGCGGACGCUCCAGGUCCGACCGGAACCCGACAGCGCCGAGUGGGACCUGAUCCGCCUGGUGACCGAGGCCCACCGCCACACCAACGCCCAGGGCUCCAGCUGGAAACAGAAACGCAAGUUCAUGCCCGAUGACAUCGGACAGGGUCCUAUGAUGCCCACUUCAGACGGAGACAAGGUGGACUUGGAGGCCUUCAGUGAGUUCACCAAGAUCAUGACCCCCGCCAUCACGCGAGUCGUCGACUUUGCCAAGAAACUGCCCAUGUUCUCAGAGCUGCCUUGUGAAGAUCAGAUCAUCUUGCUGAAAGGCUGCUGCAUGGAAAUCAUGUCGCUGAGGGCCGCCGUCCGCUACGAUCCAGAGAGCGAAACGCUGACGCUCAGCGGUGAGAUGGCGGUGAAGCGCGAGCAGCUGAAAAACGGCGGCUUGGGCGUGGUGUCGGACGCCAUCUUUGACCUGGGCAAGAGCCUGGCCCAGUUCAACCUGGAUGACUCAGAAGUGGCGCUGAUGCAGGCCGUGCUGCUCAUGAGCUCAGACCGUUCGGGGCUGAACAGCGUGGAGAAGAUCGAGCAGUGCCAGGAGGCCUACCUGCUGGCCUUCGAACACUACAUCAACUACAGAAAGCACAACAUUCCGCACUUCUGGCCCAAACUGCUGAUGAAGGUGACGGACCUGCGCAUGAUCGGAGCCUGCCACGCCAGCCGCUUCCUGCACAUGAAGGUGGAGUGUCCCAACGAACUGUUCCCCCCGCUGUUCCUGGAGGUGUUCGAGGACCAGGAGGUUUAAACAAAGGAGGAGGAGAAGAAGAGCAGA